UGGUCAUCCGUAUUUAUUAUGUCAGAUGAUAACAUCCUUCAACUUAAUUAUUUUAGGAAUAAACAUCCUUCCCAACAAGUAAGGCUAAACUGCAGGACUAAGGACACAGUUUAUAGAAGCGCGCCAAUGCCUUCUUUGACGAGGCGCGCAUCAACGUUAGGGUCGAUCUAAAACAACGCGCCGUUCAACGACUCCCGUCGCGCGCUCGUGCUAUUUCCGAGCUCAGAAAGCCGGAGUCCGUGCGUCAAAAGAUGAGUCACUCCUCUCAUUGGCUGUUCCGACGGAGACGCGUCGCACCCCAAACAUUGCGGGGCGUGACCAAUAGCCAAGCCCGAUGCGAAGAUCUCGAGAGAGUUGGUCUGAAGCUGGCACCGCCAUGUUGAAAUAGGGAGAGGCCACAGCCAGUUUAUGUCGUUCUUCGGAUUUUUUUUUUGUUUUUGAAAAGGAACGCGAAGACCUCAAGGAAGCCUUUGGAUCGACGCGUGUCUUAACUUGAUUUGCUCCCUCCCAGAAAUCCCGGUGGUGGUAAAGAGGCAGGCGGAGGGGACGGCAACAAGAGGAUGGUGCAGUCCUGCUCUGCCUACCGUUGCCGGAAUCGAUACGACAAAGAGAAGCCCAUCUCUUUCCACAAGUUUCCUCUCACAAGACCUGAUCUCUGCAAGAAAUGGGAAGCAGCUGUUAGAAGAAAAAAUUUCAAGCCAACAAAAUAUAGCAGCAUUUGUUCUGAACACUUUACUCCAGAUUGCUUCAAAAGAGAAUGUAACAACAAACUAUUAAAGGACAAUGCUGUACCAACAAUAUUUUGCCACACAGAACCAAAUGUGAAGUCUGAAGGCACACAGGAACCACCUGAAGUACCAACGCCCCCUUCUCCUUCACCUCCACCACCUCCUCAAACGUACCCAAGAUUGGUAGAUCCAAGCAUUGGAUUAUUGAUGCCACCACUUCACACUCCCAAUAAUAUUGCGGUGUUUUGUGAUCACAACUAUACUGUAGAGGAUACUGUGCAUCAGAGAAAAAGAAUUCAGCAACUGGAAGAGCAGGUGGAUAAACUGAGGAAGAAACUUAAGACUGCCCAGCAGCGAUGUAGGCGUCAGGAGAAACAGAUUGAAAAACUACGAGAGCUUGUUCAGUUUCAGAAGGAAAAAGACGUGCUGUCAGGCAAAGGUGGAUAUGUGAUUCUGCCUAAUGACUAUUUUGAAAUUGUAGAAGUCCCUGCCUAGAAGGUUAGCCUUGCCAUUUGUGGGACACUGCCAAAGUUAGCCUCAUCAGACUAACCCACCUGUUCAGUUUUAAAAAGCAAGACUUUUUAGUUCUGUAUAUUAAAUACUUCAGCCCUUCAAACCAAUAAAAGUUGCUAUAUAGUCAUUUGUUGAUGUUGCCUAGUGCUGAUCUUUUUAUUGACCCAUUGCUCAAAAAUGGAGCUGGUGAUGCUUAAAUGUAGAGAGUGAUUGACAAUAGCAUACUGUGCUCCUUCAUAUGUUGCUUGAUGUGAUAAAAUUUGACUCAGAAAGAAAUACUGAGCAGUAAUAAAAAAGAUAAAUCCCGAAAAAGCACCAGAAAAAAUGCAAAGCACCUCCACCUUGAUUGUGUUAGGGAUAAGUUAAACUGGAAAGAUACUUUGUCAGGCCUUCAAGAUUAUGUAUCAAUAGUUUAACAGCAUUCAGGUGCAUUCCAAGACUCUAGUGACUCCUUUUUCUGACUCUACCUAUCUCAAAGAGCUGAUAUCCAUCUUGGCAUUGUCCUCCCCUUUCUCUCAGGAAGUUCAUGUGUCAGCACACUCAGAAAUCUAUGUUCAGUGAUUCAUUGGCCUAUGAAAUAUUUCUAUAGUAUUCAUAAGGCAUGAUAUGAUACAGUGUGGUGGUGAUUAUCUGUGAGUCACUAAAACCUUGGUUCAAAUUCCCUUGGGUAAGGGAGGCCAGUUGUAUUUCCUCAGCCUCUGAAAAAAAUAUUUAUGUGGCUUUUCUGUUCCACUGUGAGCCAGAUUGCAGAAGAUGGCUAAGCUAGGUCAUCUUUCAUUGUUCAAUAGUACUUUAAAAAUUAAAGAAAAAAGAGACACGUUCAGAGAAAUUCUAACCAGCUCUUAGAAUAGCGCCCAGACAGUAAUAGGGCUCCAGUUCAGGUGCUAGACUAUUAGAAUCCAAGGAAACUUCAAUUUAAUGAAUUUCAGUACAACAGGGUUCACAUGCAAUCAAUCACGUUGCACUAGUGAUUUAUGUCAGUUGCAUAAAUUCAGAUCAUUUGCCUGAUAACAUAAUCAUGUAAAUGCUAGAAAUCAGUUUGUCCCAGUGUUUGAUAGACUUUAUGAAUAAUGAGCACACAUUCCACAAUUAGAUUGUUAAAGUGAGGUGGUACUGUGCUUUUUCUUAGUACCUCCUUGGAAAGAAUUGUGCUGUUGUGUCUGCAACCGCUGAAGCUUUCGAUUAUCUGGCUGCCCAUGUGAAACAACUUUGAGGUUAUGUUAUAAAUAGAUGAAUUACAAUUGUUUAGGUUCACUGUAUCCUUAAACUAGUAAAAGGUAUAUUCAGCCACUGCUAGUUUGAGCUAGAGAUCACAUAGAAUAGCAGUCUAUAUCAAGACCACAGCUGUCAACGAUCCUUCAAUUUUAUAUUCAGUUUCAUCCUGUUCCUCCUCCUUUUCAUGCUUGUAGUGAGUAAGAUUUAAAAUAAACAUCAGAAUUACAAGAUCUAGAUCAGAUGAAUAAAACAGGUUUUUUUGCCUGCGUUCAAUAUGAUGAUGUCUGAUGGUGUGCAACCUUCUCUGACUGCCUUAUGUAGGUUUCCCGUUGCAACCCAAAGUCUUGGUUUUAAGUUACAAAACCCAAUAUGGUUUGGUACACAGGUAAUUGCAGUGCUGCCCUCACCUACAUGAAUUAACCCAUCUACACUUUUUCUGGGAAAACCUACCAGUGAAAUCCAGUUUCACAAGCUUAGGGAAAUGGAGGCCAGGAGGCACUGAUUCUCAAUUAUUGCUCCAGCCUUAUGAAAUAGACUUCUUGUGGAAUUAAGACUUGCAUCAUCUCUCAAUAUUCUGGGAGUAUUUUAAGAUG